UCGCAUCUGUGCUCGCGGCCGUUUUGCAUUUAAUAAAACUGAAACUUGACGACUUAUUUCAGGCACGUGCGUCAGUAAUCACCAAGUAACGAAGCCCAUAUGGUGAAUUACGUGCAGUGUGCGUAUAAACGACUGGAACUGCCCAGGCUCUGCAGCUGCUGGAGUAACGUCCACUGCUAUUGGUCAUCGUAGCAUUAGCAGCAUUAGCGGAUUAGCCCCUUGGCUUGUAUUCCUCUAUGUUUCUGUGUUGUGACAGUUAUGCUGCUUUGUGGUGCGUUUCGCCGUUUUUUUUUACCCCUUUGUAUGUGUGUGUGUGUGCUGGACAAAAGGUGAAAAAACCUUCCAGUGCCAAUUUCGUGUGCUCCGAAGACCAUUCCCCGCUUACAAGCCUGCGAGAGGACAACGGCGGGUCUGACAGAUGUUCAAUCUCAUAUGUACGGAAUCACCAGCUAAACGAACGCCCUUCCGAGUGCACAUCCCACGAGAAUCGCCCAUGUACACUUGCAAGUUUUGUCCCUACUCGAGCAAGGUGAAAGUGAACACGAUGGCCCACGAACGAACCCAUACGGGCGAAAGGCCUUUCAAGUGUCGCUUCUGCCACUAUGCCGCUGCCCUGAAGGCAAACGUGGUGGCGCACGAGAGAACUCACACGGGCGAGAGGCCCUUCAAGUGCCGCUUCUGCUCUUACGCCGCCGCGAUGAAGGACACCCUGAGGUUGCACGAGAGGAGACACACGGGGGAGAGGCCCUUCAACUGUACGCUCUGUCCUUACGCAGCCAUGAAGAAGCAGCACCUGACCAGUCACAUGGAACACAGACAUAAGAUGGUGGUCAAGAGGAAACGUUAGUGUGUUUGUGUGUCUUCUACACAGUACACGUGGCAUGUACUUAGUGUCAGCAUUAAACUGGGAAAUAAAACCGAAGGAAGAUGACGA